CUAUCUAACGAAAAUCCAAGCUCCUGUUCACAGAUUGUAAACGAUAACCCCUCGGUCAUUUUCUUGAGUCGUCGAACCAGUGGAGCUCUGACCAACCCGCGACGCCGACACACCAUCGAGUUCAAGAAACAGCCACUUCCUAGCGAUGACCAAUUUUGCCAGGACGAGCUUGUGACUAAGUCACCCUUGUUUCAUGGCUCCUCAGUUGACCAGACAUGUCCGCUAGGCGACAACUCCUCUUCGGGCCUCUCAGUAUCUAGUCAGGUAGGUCAAGCGGGUCGGAUACCACUGCAGGCAUCGUGCAGUCAACCCUCUCCACUGGCCUCUUGGUUUAACACACCUUCUGCCAUUUCCAUGGUACCGAAGUCAUUUCAGACCCCCUGGGUUGACGUUGGGCAGCAUAAAAUGUUAAUCGAGUCGGCCAUGGAGGUGUCAAACACUGGAGCUUCGGAGAUCCUUUUAAAAGUUUCCGAAGCCAAACUCUCGUAUUCUGCUGCCAAAGACAUUCAGGUAACAUCGAAAUACAAACAGCUGGCGAACAAUCAACUGGAAAUUAGCAGUACUGCACUUCGAACGAGCGGCAGUCUAGCCAAAAAUCAGCAUAGGAUGCCUCUGUCCAGAGACUAUCAAAUGGAGGAGAUGAUCGAAACAGACGUGUAA